GGAAUAAACUCCUUGAGGUUAUUGCGUACCUCAUCCGAAAUCCGUCACCUUUGCUUAGCGUCUACUGGCGGCUUCAAGUAUGAUCGCUUGAUAGACGGCAAAAAUUAUCCGGUGUGUUUCACGGAAACUUAAAGAACUUGAUAGUGAAUCUUUAAAAUAGUUCGGAUGAUACAGUAAUACGAGCAGACUGAAUAAAAUUUGUGCAUCGAAGUGUUAUACAUAAUUCAGUAUAGAGCCUGGCAACACUGCUUUGGACUGAGUAGUAUAGUAUUUUAAAUUCGUGAGGAUUCUACCAGGUACACAAUCAUUUUGAGUUCCUUUCUCUAAUUCACGUGGAUAAUUUGUUUAUUCAAAUAUGUGGGGGUAUUUGGGGAUUUUGACCUUGAUGUACCUGACUGGCAUCAAUGGUGACUGGCAUGCAGAUUUUGGACCCUGGUUCGUACCUACUGAGGGGGAACCCUGGCCUUCGGUUAAUAUGAGAAAUCUGCAGGAUGGAUCUUUAAUUCUCAGACCGUCUACUUUUAAUAUUAAAUUGAAUCAAGAUUGCGACAUCCUCAGCGAAGCCAAAAGUAGAUACAUGAGCAUAAUCUCAGCGGAGGGUCAUUACGCUCGCCUGAAAUUCCCGAAGCCCAAAAUCAGGCGAUCACUUCGUGCAGAUCUAACAUUCAAGGGAGAACUGGAGACCCUCGACAUUCGUGUGGCUGGUGCCUGCGAGGUGUUACCGUACCUCCACAUGAACGAAAGCUAUAGCCUCACGAUUAUUGGAAAAACAGCUGAUUUACUUGCACCUUCUGUGUGGGGCGCUCUUCGUGGAUUGGAGACGUUCAGUCAGCUGCUGGUUGCUUCUGGUCAAGGCGCAAAUUUGAAAAUACAAACUCAAACGAUUCUCGAUGCUCCAAAGCUACCCCACAGAGGUCUACUCCUGGACACGUCUCGUCACUUUUUCCCAAUCUCAGAUAUUUUCUUGACGUUAGAUGCUAUGUCUUACAACAAGUUGAACGUUUUCCACUGGCACAUCAUCGAUGAUAAUAGUUUCCCUUAUCAGAGCAAAGCUUUUCCUGAGCUUUCUGAGAAAGGUGCGUGGCUUCCUGGCAUGGUCUACACCGCUGAUGACAUCAAACAUGUGAUGGAGUACGCGAGACUUAGGGGAAUUCGAGUGAUGCCGGAAUUCGACUCUCCCGGACAUGUUCGGUCUUGGGGGGAGUCACAUCCAGAGGUGUUGACCACUUGCUACGACACAACUGGAUUACCCAAUGGUCGUUUGGGCCCCAUAAACCCCAGCAAUGAGAAAAUCUGGCCCUUCCUGAAGACUCUCUUCAACGAAGUGAUGGAACUCUUCCAGGACAAAUACAUUCAUCUGGGGGGUGACGAGGUUCCCUUCGAUUGCUGGCAGAGCAACCCAAAUAUACGUGCUUUCAUGGCUAGCAAAGGAAUGGGAACUGACUUCACACGUCUCGAGAGCAGUUACAUUGCAGAACUCUUGAAGAUUCCUGCUGCGCAGAAUAAGAGUUCUGUCGUUUGGCAAGAGGUCUUUGAUAACAACGUGGAAAUCACAUCAGACACAGUGGUGCACGUUUGGACGGGUUUGUGGUCUAAGGAGCUGGCGAGUGCCACAAAGAAAGGACACCCAGUGCUGUUAUCAGCCUGUUGGUACCUCGAUCACGUCGCAGGGGGUGGGGAUUGGCAGAAGUACUACAGGUGCGAUCCCCUUGACUUCAGUGGCUCCGAUGUCAAUAAACAUUUGAUGUUGGGAGGAGAGGCUUGCAUGUGGAGUGAGUUCGUCGAUUCGACUAAUGUUCAUCAGAGAAUUUGGCCUCGGGCUAGUGCAACUGCCGAACGUCUCUGGAGCGAGGGCGUUGAUACCACGGAACGUGCAGCCAAGAGGCUUGAGGAACACACCUGCAGAAUGAGGAGGAGGAAAAUACCUGCGCAACCACCAAAUGGACCCUCUGUUUGUUAUGGUUGAGAAGUUGAAAAUAUUCUUGACUAUUUAUGUAAGAAGGCGUUUGGAGCAGCAAAAAUUUUAAUGAUUGAGAAUAGGGUAUUUUUGGAUGAUGACAAUUGUACAGUAGUUCAACACAGGUUUAGGUAUUUCAAUUAUUCUGAGAUGGCUCAACUAUUUUUUACAUGCGAGUCGGCGCCUUGCUCAUGUUAUUCGUAAAAAAAACUUUGCCGAUUUAAGAAAAAGUUCUCUCAAUUUUGGAAACUGCAGUUAACUGGAUUGCAAUUGCAAUGUGCAUUUUCAUAGGAUCUAGAAAACUAUUUCUCAGUGCUAAGGAGGAUGGAUCAGAUCAAUCAUUAACCCCUCAAGUACGACGCCCAUAUUGCGCGGUGUGUCCUCAUCGGCCAGCGGCCUCCCGUCUACUCGAAUUCGCUGUUCAAUACGCAAGAAUUUCUACACUGACGAUCAAAAAAUUAUCAUCUACAAUUUAAUGAUGAUCUUGAGCUUUCACCAAUAGAUUGCUCGAUUACGGUAUUCCUUUAUACAGAUUUUUCUGGAAUUUUUAAUUUUCAAAUUCGAUAAUACAAAUGGUUGCCAAGAUCGCACCCAUGAAAAAAUAUAUGAAAAAUAUAUAUAAUAAGGGCCAAUUUCAUAUAUUUGUCUUAUUUAUAACGAAUAUAGAAAAAAAAUAUAUGAAACAUAUUUUUGAUAUUUUUUUAAUAUA